AGUUACACCAGACUCAUAAUUUAUGUUCUUAGAUAUACAAGAUAACAUUUAUAACGGAGGACGAAGUAAAGCAGUGAACAAUAUGUCGACAGUGAAGAUAAAAGAUCUGUCAAUUUUUGUGACGGUGAUGUUAUGUACAUCAGCAGUAAGUGGGUUCUGCCGGUUCCCGUGUCCUAUCCAGGAGAGAACGUUUACCAAUGAAUUUGCAGAUUUGUUUGCACCUAAUCCAUUCGCAGUGCAGGUUUUGAAUGGGUCUGAAGUACUCUCAGAGGAAAACUGCAUAGAAAGAGACGGACAGUUUUCUCUCACCAUAUUUAAAGGCAACUAUGUAUGUAACAAACAUAUUGAAAUAUGCAACAAUGCGUUUGUUGUCUAUUGAACAAUUCCCAG